GUGAGGGAUUAUUCUCCUGCUCCGCAGGGCUAUGGGUACUCUCCCUACGGUGCUCCGCCACAGGACGCCUAUUACUCCGCGGCGCCGCCCAGUGGGUAUCCUUACAAUGCUCCUACGCAGGGUUAUGGUGCGCCACCGCAGGGCUACGGUGCGCCACAGCAGGGCUACGGUGCCCCACAGCAGGGCUAUGGUGCGCCACCUCAGAGUGGGUACGGUUAUAAUGCGCCUCCGCAAACGGCGUCGUAUGGGCAGGGGAGCGCGUACGGGUACGCGCCAAAAGAGGAGAAGAAGAAGAGUAAGUUUGGGGGAAUGGGAACGGGAUUGGCUGUGGGUGCGGUUGCUGGGGUUCUAGGUGGAGUCGCGCUUGUGGAGGGUGCUGAGUAUCUGGAAGAUAAGAUUGCCGAAGAUGCUGCGGAGAAGGUUGAGGAAGAUCUCGGUUACGAUGGUGAUGACUUCUAGAGAAUCAUUGUCUCUUGUUUAAUUUUAUGCCAAAAGAGAACUGCGAAAACAAAAUAAUUUUAAGUUUUAUGUUUCUUUAUUUCCUUUCUUUCAGUUGCUUAGUUUUGGUGUGAGUUAAAAAGCCUUUCAUUUAUGACAUCAUUAAUAAUGCUCUUAUCGA